GAAGCUCAUCUGAUUGAAUAGGUUGCAUGCGCGGUUUUCGCCUUGAAGUCGGAAUUGUCCCCUGUGGCUCAUGGUGUUCAAUGGUGCUGUUUCUGAGUCGGUCUCUCGUCAACGUAUUUCUGAGGUGCGAAAUUCCACAGGAGGCCACUGAGUCAGAGCUGCGAGGGGCGCAGCCGUCUUGAGCGCUAGGCCGCUGUAUCAGUUCUGAGUCGACAGAGUAACUCGUCGCGCCAGAUCUCUUUCGUUUACCUCGAGUUGGCGUGGAGGGGUCACCGUCGUCCUGCAAUCUCAUUCUGCUUCGUUCGAAUUAGAGACAUCGGAGGAGUAUCAGUGCUGGUCCUGUGGUACCUGACAGGAAUUCUCGCGAGCGCUAUGGGUAUCCUCGAACCGCAAAUGUCCGUGAAGCAGCAAAUUUUCGAUCCGAUCAUGGUUUGCGAGGGAUCAUAAUUGGUGCCAGUCCGACUCCGUUCAGAGCUUGCGCCGUCUAAGAAGCGGGGCGAAGAUGGCGAACGACAUGCUGUACCCGGCUGUGUUCUCGGGCGAUUUCGAGAGAGUGAGCAGCUUGCUGUCAAAUAUCGGGGACGAGGGGGCGGACAUCGACGUGAACAUGAAGGCGGGCAAGGCGCAACUGGCGCCGCUGCACCACGCGGCGAAGAAGAACCACGUCGGGAUCACGGAUCUGCUGCUGGCGCACCCGAACAUCGACGUGAAUGCGCAGGACCGGUCGCUGCGCACGCCUCUGCACUUGGCCUGCCGGAAGGGCUACACGCAGAUCGUGGCGAAGCUGCUGCAAUGCUCGGAGGCCAUCGACGUGAACGCCAAGGCCAAGGGCGACAUCACGCCGCUGCACCUGGCGGCCUAUUGCGGCAACGACGAGGUGGUGGAGCUGCUGCUGGAGCAUCGGCUGAUCGACCUGGACGCGCGCACCGCGGACGAGAGAUUCACCGCGCUGCACAUGGCGGCGUGCAGCGGCUACGACAGCAUCGUGCGGAUGAUCCUCGACGCGCACCGCCGGCACAAGAUCGAGGAGCAGCUGCGCCCGAUCAUCAACGCCGAGGACCGGCUGGGGCGCACGCCGCUGCACUACGCGGCCUGCGAGCAGCGCCUGGACGUGGUGCGCGAGCUCUUCCUCUCGACCUCGUUGCACGUGAACACGGGCGACCGCGACAGCUUCACGGCGUUGCACCUGGCCGCGCGCAAGGGCCACGUGGCCAUGGUGCAGCUGCUGCUGGGGCACGGCGAGCUCGACCCGAACGUGGGCGCCAAGAGCAACCAGGAGACGCAGAAGCUGGCCAAAACCGUGCAGGACAACGCGGUGUGGGGCGAGCUGCCGCGCCCGCGCCUGACCGACUACAUCUUCUCCGAGGUGUGCAGCAAGAUGACGGCGCUGCACUUCGCAGUCGAGUUCGCGGUCGAGGCGCGCGAGGAGGAGGACCAGAAGGAGGUGGCGCUGGCGCUGGUGAACGCCCUGCUGGCGCACCCGAACAUCGACGUCACCCUCGAGAACAGCAAGCGCCAGUCCGCCGUGGACCUGAGCGUGCAGAUGAAGCUCGACUACCUGCUCGUGACUCUCAUCCCGCGCACCAACGACGUCUGCAAUGUGUGCGGCAAGCUGCUGAAGCACAUCCUGCCCAAGAAAUCGUACGAGCCCCUGGUGCGCCUCAUCGUCAAGGAAAUCCACGACCACCUCGACGGCCUCGAGCUCAAGAUCGGGACGGGCAAAAAGUUCGACGUCACCCUGAUUCACAAAGUCGCCUUCGCCGGCUACGACAAGCUGCUGGACAUUCUGUUGAGCAUUCCGGAGCUCGCCCUGGAGAUCAACGCAGAGGACAGCGACAAGCAGACCCCGCUGCACUACGCGGCCAUCGGCGGGCACACGUCGGUCGUCAAGGUGCUGAUUUCGAAGCCGGCUCUCCGGGCCAACCAGGAGGAUCGCUACAACAUCACCGCGCUCCAAAUUGCCAUCCAGAGCGCGCGGAAAGACAUCGAGAAGCUGCUGCUCGAGCGGCUCGAUGUCAAGGACUGGGUCGACCGGCUCUACCGCGACAGGCAGGUGUAUGUGGAUGCAGCGAACGCCAUUCUCGUGGGCGCCGCCCUUAUCGCCAGUGUCACGUACGCGGGCUGGUUGCAACCUCCGCUCGGCUACACUCCCUACUACGAGUUCCCUGUCCCCGAUCCGGCUCCUCCCGACACUUAUCAAGUCUAUGCGUCCGUCCAACAGCACGCGAGCACGCGAGUUUUCUGGGUCUGCAACAGCUUGUCGUUUUUUUCUGCCAUUGCGACUGUCAUCGCAGGAGCGGGAGCCGUGUUGCCCAUGUUAGAUGUGUUCAUCGGCGAAGAAGUUCGAGUCGUUCGGAGGUACCUCGUUCUGACUUCGAUUUUGCUCGUAUUCGCGGUGGUUUUCGUUCUAGGCGCAUUCGCCGCAGCAGGAUUCGCAUCGUUGCCGCCUAUUUUCAGUCUGCAGGUUAACAUGAUCGCCACGAGCGUGAUAGGAAUCCUACUGUGCAUAUCAAUUUUGGUCUGGUUCCUUAGGCGCCUGUACAGAUUACGACCCAGUUGGUGGCGUAACAUUGAGGAGAGUUUCUUCCCUCGUCGCGCUCUCAGUCGACAUAAAACUCCGGCUGACUUUUUUUGACAUCUGCUCCACCUCGCCUCGCCUCGUCUCUCGCCUUCUGGAUGCAAUGUUGCUGAUUGAUGACCGGAUCCUCCUUCAUGGCUACUUCCAUUUGUGUAUCGUCAAAGUCAAAGUUUCUCGACCCAACCACAAACCUUGUUCUAUUUCUCGACCCGAAACUGUCGCCCGAAUUGAUCUAUCGCACAGACACAGCAUGACUGUGGCACGGAACAAAAAC